AUGGACUACGGGCAAUAUAUCGUGGGUGACGGGGGCCUUGCGGCAAAAUCAACUUCAAUCUUGUGCAUCAUUACCUCCAUUUUGGCUGUGUUCAUUUUUCAGCAGAUUGAUACCUCCAGCAUUCCAUUGCUCAAUCCAAGGAAAGCCUUCGAGACUUCGGACAAACGAGCCAAAACCGAGUUUGUACAAAAUGGAGGCAACCUACUCCGUACUUGGUUCAAAGCGAAUCCAGAUAAACCAGCCCGCCUGAUUGGAGACGUCGGCAACGUCAUUGUAUUGCCUCCACAUCUGGCUCAAGAGAUUCGGAAUGACAAGCGUCUUGAUUUUGCGAAAUGGACUUUCAAGUCAUUCCAUGCCCAUCUACCUGGGUUUGAUGGCUUCCGUGAGGGUACAAGCGGAAAGAACCUGGCCCAGAUGAUCAUUACAAAAGACUUGACAAAGUUAUUGAAGUGGCAUACUGUCCCAAUGAAAGAAGUGGUGCUCCGAAUCGUGGCCCAAGUUUCAUCACGAGCCUUUCUUGGCACCGAGCUCUGCCGCCACGAAGGAUGGCUUCGCAUCACCCGCGAAUACACCGUCAACGGCUUUGAAGCCGCCGAAGAGCUGCGCAUGUGGCCGUCAUUGCUACGACCUCUCGUGCACUGGUUCUUGCCCAAGUGUCGCAACCUCCGAAAGCAGGUCAAGGAGGCUCGCCAGGUCAUCAAUGCCACCCUGCACAAGCGACGGGAACUCAAGGAACAGCACAGGGCUCAGGGAAAAGAGAUGCCUCGCUUCGACGACGCCAUUGAGUGGCUUGAACAGGCUGCCAAGGGUGUCUCGUAUGAUCCGGCCGCCGCACAACUGGGGCUGUCGCUCGCGGCCAUUCAUACUACGACCGACCUACUUUGCCAGGCUCUGACGAGAAUUGCCCUAAACCAGGAUAUACUGGUGCCUCUACGGGAAGAGAUCAUUUCCAAUCUUCGAGAGACGGGGUGGCAAAAGAAUUCAUUAUACAAUAUGAAGCUGCUCGACAGUGUGCUGAAGGAAAGUCAGCGCAUGAAGCCCACAGAGAUGGUUUCAAUGACCCGGCUGGCUCUCGAGGAUAUCAAGCUUUCUGACGGCACCGUGAUUCCUGCCAACAGCGGCUUGGCGGUUUCGUCUCACCGAAUGUGGGAUGAACAAGUCCAUACGCACCCAGAGAAAUGGGAUCCCUAUCGGUUUUACAAGAUGCGUGAAGAGCCCGGAAAACAGAAUAUCUCUCAACUCGUUUCCACUGGUCCCAAUCACCUGGCAUUUGGUCACGGGCUCCACGCCUGUCCAGGACGUUUCUUUGCUGCAAAUGAGCUUAAAAUCCUGCUCAUCAUUAUCAUUUUGCAAUACGAUUGGGUUUUGCCGGAAGGGUCGAGUCACCGAGUUUUCGAGCAUGGGUUCACAUUGGUAGGCGACCCUUUUAUCGAGAUGCGCAUCAGAUAUCGUCCACAGGGUAUGGACUUGAUUCGUGGCAAAUAG